GGGGUUGAUUGAGGGAGGAUGAGGUGGUGGGAUGUGUAAAUCGUGCGGGGGAGGAGAAGGUGAUUGAGAUUUCAAAACACACAUUCACCUCUGCUCGCUGGGGUUUUUUUGGUGUGACCAUUAAACACAAGAGCAGAGUUUUUUUUAAGUUCUACAACCUCCAGGACGUUGACAACGUAUCCAGUUCAGUUGCUUAAAGAAACUUGGAAUAGCAGCAUCGUCAUCAUCGUCAGCAGCAGCAAGAAUCACAACAAUGGGGACCCACGUGCUAAUCUUGCUGCUGCUAUCGUUGUUGUUCAACUACGCUCGUCUGCUGACAGCUGGCACUUUGGGCCACGAGACCGCAGACAAAGAUUCUCCGGUUCAACCAGGGGUUGAUGAUGACCUCGAAGAUGAUCUCAAGAAGCAAGAGAUGCACUUUCUUCGGGCCCUGGGUCUCACUGAGCGGCCCAAACCCUCGGCGGCUCGUCGCGCCAUCCCGGCUUUUAUGUGGAAGCUUUACCGCGGAGGUGCUGAUGGCGGUGCUGCUGAUGGCGGUGGUGGCGGUGGCGGCGGUGAUGGAGGGUCUCGAGAGCGGCCGUGUCGCCUACCCCGAUACGGAGUGACCGGCAACAUCAUUCGACAUAUUCCAGACCAAGGCAGCCACGUGGACAUUCCGCGGAGUUCCACGACGCGGUCGCUCUGCGCGUCCCGACGUCUCCUCUUCAACCUGACGGUGGCGCAGAAGGCCGGCGAGGAGGUCGGGAUGGCCCGGCUGCAGCUGGUCCUGCCGCCAGCGUCCUACGUACCCAAAAGCGGGGAAGUGCCCGUGUAUCUCCGUAUCUCGGCCAUACGCGGAGCGGGAGGGACGCAGCAGCGACUGAGAGCCAUUGUGUCGAGCUCCAUGAGGCUCUCUCGCUCGGCUUGGACCUUCGACCUGACCGAGGAGGCGCGGAAAGCCAUCGGCCAAGGGCAGCUGAGCGUCUUCCUGGAAAUUGAGGAGGAGGUGCAGGAAGAGGAUGUGUUGUACACCGACGUGGAAGAGGUAUCGUUGUCCUCUUCAUCGGCGUCAUCGAAGCCGCACACAGCGUUGGAAGGUGUAUUGUCGUCGUCGUCGUCGUCAUCCAUGGAUCUGUACACAGAAUGGAAUGAGGAGGGAUCAAUGCCCUUUUUGUCAUCGUCAGCAGCAGCGUCGUCGUCGUCGUCAUCGAAGCCGAACGCAGGAGUGGAGGAGAUGCCGCGGGCAGCAACAUCAUCGGCAUCGAAGGAACCGAGCCUGUGCGAACGUGCCGAGCAGGAACUUCGCUCCUCGCUGCUCCUCAUCUCCAUGGAUGGCUCUCGGUGCACGACCAGGCGUGCCAAACGGAGCGCAUCCCACCACCACCACGAUCUCCACUCCCCAUUCCCCACGUCACCCGGAUCAUUAUCAUCAUCCUCCUCCUCAACAUCCUCAUCAUCAUCAUCAUCGUCGUCAGCAACUCCCGUCACUCCCAGCAACGUGUGCAAGCGCCGGAGACUCUACGUCGACUUCCGAGACGUGGGCUGGCACGACUGGGUGAUCGCCCCGCAGGGCUACCUGGCCAACUACUGUGCGGGCGAGUGCCCCUACCCGCUCGGCGAGGCGCUCAACGGCACCAACCACGCCGUGCUGCAGACCCUGGUGCACGCCGUGGACCCGCGUGGCGUGCCCCAGCCGUGCUGCGUCCCCGUGCACCUCUCGCCCAUCUCCAUGCUCUACUACGACAACAGUGACAACGUGGUGCUCCGUCACUACGACGGCAUGGUGGUGGACGAGUGCGGCUGUCGGUAGU